AUGAAUCUGAGGAAAACUUUACUUUUUCAACUGAAGCAUUACUAGAAAUUCUAAUAGGAAAGAUAGAAAUAAAGAAAGUUCUGCAAUUAAUAAAAGUUUAUUCUUUUCAACAAGAGUCAAAGCAUUAAAAACUUAAAAGGUUCAACAUAUUCCAUACCAUAAUUCAACUUUAACUAAAUUAUUAAAGUAAAUUAAUAUUGUUAUAAUCUAUUUAGAUCUUCACUUACAGGAAAUUUUAAAUCAUUAAUUUUAUUAAGUAUUAAUCCAGGAUUAAGUUUAUAUGAAUAAACAUAAUCUACUCUUAGAUUUGGUACCAGUACAAAAUUGGUAGAGUAGAAAAUUGAAUAGAAUGUUAAUUUUGAUGCUUCCUAUUCUAAUAAUUAAUAAAAAUUAAAUUAAUUAAUCUAAAAAAAUAAAUAAAAUGAAAAGAUCAUUUUAGAUUAAUAAAUAAUUAUUGAUUCAUUAAAAGAAUAAUUGUAAGCAUUACAUUGUUCAGAAAUUUUAACAAAUUUGAAAUAAUCUGAAGUUUAAUUAGUUUCAAAACCAUCAGUAAUUUAAUUUAAUGAAACUUAUGUAUCACUUUUAAAGAAAACUUAAGAAUUAAAUUCAUAUAUUAAGAAAUGGAAAAGAACACACUUUUAGAGAAGAAUUGUACAGAAUUACAUAAAAGAUUAUAAAAAUCUAAUGAAUAAAUUUUUACUUAUUUUAAUUCUCACAAAGAUAUGGAAUGGUAAAUUAAAGAAUUAAAAUUGUAAAAUGAAAAAUAUGAAAGACUAUCUUAAAAUGCUUUGCCUAAAAGUUAAAAGAAAACUCCAAAAAAAGAUGUAAAAUAAUUAUAAUCUAAAAAAAAAAUAAUAUAGUUAUUUCAAGGCUACAUCUAUAUAUUUAGUAUAAUAAAUAAUUGUUAACAAUAAUAAACAUCAAGUAUAAUCGUUUAUCAACUCUAUCAAAUUAUGAAAAUAAGUCUCCUUAACUUAAAAAACCUAAUCUUAGAGGUGCUAAAAACUUUGCCGAAAACAUUUAAGAUCAGAAAAGUAUUUAAGCUAUAAUAAUAAUUUAGAUUAAUAGCCAAUUUAAAUUUAAGAGGAUUAUAGAAGUAAAUCAAAUGAAAAUCAUUCUCAAUAAGGAUCUCAAUAACCAGAUUAGAGUAAAUUAAAAAAUAAUAUAUAAUCAUUGGCUGAUAGAUUAUAUUCAUUAUCAGAAAAAUUCUAGUUAAAUAGAGAUUCUAGAGUAAGCAGAAAAAGUACUAACAUGAAUAGAACUGAUAUAAUUUAUGAAACAGAAUCAGAAUUAUGA